GGGGUUACAGACGUCACGGAUAAGUGCUACGGAACUGCCGUCGACCCAUUCUCGAAAGUUCCGGAAGCCACUAGAAGGAAAGUUUGUAUAUACGGACUGCGAAGCUUACGCGACACUUUAGUACGCGAACAGAGGUGUUAAGUGUUGUUUCGACGAUUCUGUCAGAGACAGGCGUAUCAUUAAUCUACAUUGAAUACAGUUUUUGAGGAGAAAACCUUUGUGAAUCUAGUGCCAAUCGGAUUUUCGAAUUUGUUGAAGCAAUCGCGAGAAUAGCGAUCGGUAAUCAAUGGGGAAGGAUUACUAUAAAAUUCUCGGCAUAAACAGAUCGGCGACGGAUGACGAGAUUAAAAAGGCCUACAGGAAGUUGGCUUUGAAGUAUCAUCCCGAUAAAAACAGAAGCGCGGGAGCGGAGGAGAAGUUUAAGGAGAUAGCGGAAGCUUACGAGGUGUUGUCCGAUGCCAAAAAGAGGGAAGUCUAUGACAAAUUUGGGGAAGAAGGCCUGAAGGGAGGAGCUGGGUCGGCUGGAGGAGGAGGAGGCGGUGGCACCACGUACACUUUCCACGGAGAUCCGAAAGCGACGUUUGCUCAAUUCUUCGGUUCCGCCAGUCCUUUCCAAACGUUCUUCGAAUUCGGUAACCCCGUGGGAAAUCGGGUGUUCAGUUUCCACGAGGACGACAUGGACAUCGACGAUCCCUUGGGUCUGGGUGCUGGUCCUCAACGUCCAGGUGGUCCGGGCGGAGCUUUCAGGUCACACUCGUUCAACUUUGUGGGAGCUAACUCUGGUCGAGGAGGAAACAAAGAUCGCGCCCAGGAUCCGGCGAUAGAACACGAUAUGUAUAUUUCUCUGGAGGAGAUCCUCCGUGGCUGUACGAAGAAGAUGAAGAUCUCGAGACGGGUCGUGCAACCCGAUGGCACCAUCAAGAAGGAGGACAAGGUUCUCACGAUCAACGUGAAACCUGGAUGGAAGGCUGGCACGAAGAUCACUUUCCAAAAGGAGGGCGAUCAAGGACGUGGGAAAGUCCCGGCGGACAUCGUUUUCAUCAUCAGAGAUAAACCGCAUUCCCUCUUCAGGAGGGAGGGCAGCGACAUAAGAUACACUUGCAAGCUCAGUUUGAAACAGGCCUUGUGCGGCACCAUCAUCGAAGUUCCUACGCUCUCCGGCGAGAAGAUCACUUUGAAUUUGAAUGAGGAAAUUGUGAAACCGAAUUUGGUGAAGAGGAUUCAGGGUAGAGGCCUACCGUUCCCGAAAGAACCGUCAAGGAAGGGUGAUCUCUUGGUCUCGUUCGAUAUAAAAUUCCCCGACGUGUUAUCGCAAAGUGCAAAGGACAUACUUUAUGAUACUCUACCGAAUUGAAGGCGCAAAAUUGAACAAAAAAAAAUAAGCAGAGCAUGUAUAAUUGUCAUCACAACGACAGUCCUCUAAUCGUCCCAGUAUGACGAGACUAAACACUCGUGUACGUUCUAGUACAUAAACGCGUGGUUAGAGAGCUGUGAAAAAAUAUUUGUUAAGGCGAAGCAAAUAAUAAUUUUAUCUAUUAUCUAGGAAAAUGUGAUUUUUCCAUUAGUCAGACUGCAAAACGAGAAAAUCGGUUGUUUUUCAUUUGAGUUUAAGCAAGCUUAAUUUCUGUUGAAGUUCGGAAUCUAACGAGAGAGAAAGAGAGUUGCUUUUCUAUGAUUGCGGGAGGAAUGAUUCUAACUAGAGAUCAACACCGAAUGUAUUUGCAUUAAGUUGUACGAUUUAAUAGGGAAUAGGUCUGCGUGUGAAUGUGAUCUGAAUAAUUUUGUUUAUUCUGUACAUUUCGAGUGUCGUGUACCUGUGCGUAUACAAUGUAUACAUCCUGGGUGAAUGAGUGCGUGUCUGUUUACAUGCGUGUAGUAAAUGCGUCUGACGCGUUCGAUUCUGUUCCGAAAGUCUGACCGAUAAAUCUGCUAAAGUAUGACAAAUCGAGCCGCAAUUAUUUUGUUUUCAUUCUUUUGUAUUUCCAUCGUUCCACUAUCGAUCCAUUUGUCAUUCAUCUGUCCAUUGCAAUACGAUACGAUCCUCAUUGCCCCUUUGCUUCAACUAUACUGGACGUUUUGUCAUAUUAAAAGCAGAAGAGUGUAAAACAUUAUUUGUAAUGUUUAGCAGAUUGUUUUCUUAUGUAACGCGUCCCCUUAAUUUUAAUGGUUGGUUAAUUAUUUGUACGCUAAAAUAAUACCGAAUACUAUUAAGCGACAUACA